AUGGCUCAUGAACAUCAGUUUAAAAACAAGGUCUAUCGUAUUGCGGCGCUCUACGAAAACGAUGUUGUGGUUUUACAACCCAGCAUUCUGCCCGAGCUACGAAAACUUGGACAAGAUGUUCUGAACCCUUACAAGAUGGCCAAGCAGACCAUGGAGGCGAAGUACAUGAAAAUUGAGUAUAAUCUUACAUUCCUUGCUCAUUCCGUACAGGCUGAUCUUGCCCCUGCAUUGACACGCAUGAAUGAUCAAGUCUGUGAGGAGGUUGAGGUUUCCAUGAAUCACUACUUCCCGCGCUGCGAAAACCCAACUCCAAUCCAGCUGUACGGGAUCCUGGCCAACAUCGUCACCCAAGUAUCUGGCCGCAUCUUCGUCGGACCAGAGAUUGGCCGGGAUCCAACCUACCUUGAUUGUGCAGUCAACUACGCACAUGAGGUUACGCAUGUUAUCAAUGCGUGGAUGCUGGCGCGCUUUGAAUCCUCGAACGCCACGGAAACGCUUCAUUAUGUCACGAAACAGCAGGUAUUGCUUACCUUUGCGGCUAUUCACACAACCACCAUGGUAACUACAAAUAUACUCUAUACACUGGCUGCGACAACGGAGUAUGUGCCCGCGCUACGCGAGGAAAUCAGUACUGUCCUAGCUGAACAUGGCGGGGUGCCGACGCCCAGAGCCCUCCAACAGAUGGUCAAGCUAGAUUCGUACAUGAGAGAAGUUAACCGCUGCUAUCCACCGGAUCUCAGUGUUUUCUCCCGUAGUGUCCUAAAGCCCAUCACCCUCUCCAACGGCCAACAAAUUCCCACCGGCGUCUCUGUCAAAGUUCCUUCUUUCCAAGUUCUUCCUAGCUGGGAUCCGAACACCGACACCGAUGAAUUCGACGGCUUCCGGUACUACAAGCAGCGAAUCCAAGCGAGCAGACCGGCCGAGCAAGCACGCGCUCAAUUCGUUUCCUCGCAUGAAGAGAGUCUCGCUUGGGGUUAUGGAAGACAUGCUUGUCCUGGGCGUUUCUUUGCUGCGAGUGAAAUCAAGAUGCUACUUAUCAAGUUUAUUAUGGAUUAUGAUAUUAGCAUGCCUGAUGGUCGCAAGGAGAGAUAUGCGCAGGUUGGAAUAGGAAGUUUCUGUUCACCGGAUACGACAAAGGCAUUGGUUUUCAAGAGAGUUGUACGUUCGUAG